AUGGCCUCUUCCAAUGACAAUAUCUAUGACAUCGUCAUCGUGGGUGGCGGAACAUCAGGGCUUGUUCUGGCUUCACGCCUCUCCGAAGACCUUCAGCUCCAGGUCGUCGUCCUCGAAGCCGGUGAGGAUCUUACAGCCGACCCGCGCAUCCUGACCCCGGCCAUGGCACAAACGUUGUGGAAGACGUCAUCGGACUGGAACCUUAAGACCGUUCCCCAGGCCGACAUGGGCGGCCGUGAGAUUUAUGUCCCCCAGGGCAAGAUGCUGGGCGGAUCUAGUGGUAUGAACGGUCUGAACUUCACUGCCAGCUCCAAGGCCGUCGUCGACGGCUGGGCGCGCCUUGGGAACCCAGGCUGGGAGUGGUCAGCCUUCGCUGAGGCUUUGAACAAGACAUAUACGGUGGCCAAGACGUCACCGUCUGUUUCUCAUCCAUCCAGAAACAGCGGAGGUCCACUCAAGGUGGCCUUUGCCGACACUUCUGAGGACGAGUGGCCAAAGAUAUGGUCCAAGACGCUGGAGGCCCUCGGCUUCCCAGGCGCCCAGGACACGUUGACCAGCCAGGGUAAUGGUGGCCUCGUGAUUCCCGACAGCGUCGAUCCGGCGACAGCACAGCGCAGCUUCUCCGCCAAUGCGUACCUCGGCCCGGCCCGCGACCGCGCCAACCUGACCGUUGUCACGGGCGUCGAGGUCCACAAGGUGCUACUAGAAAAGAAGCCAGGCAGCGACGACGCCGUGGCAACGGGCGUCCAAUAUACGGACAGCAACGGCUCAGUGAAGACGGUGCAUGCUCAGAGGGAGGUGAUCUUGUCAGCCGGCGCGCUGGGGUCCCCGAAGUUGCUCGAGCUGUCAGGCAUCGGAGACGCGGGGCGGCUGAGCCGGCUCGGCAUCGAUACCGUCGUUGACAACCCCGGGGUUGGAGAGAACCUGCAGAAUCACCCCUUGGUCAAUAUGAAUUUUGAAGUCAACGAGACGGCGCCGCCAACCAAGGAUUCGCUCGUGCGCCAGGAGCCUGAGGCCCUCGGUGCGGCCAUGCGGGCCUACGCGCGGCAGCAAGGUCCCUUCGCGAGCAGCUGCGUCGUUUCGGCUGCGCAGCUGCCACUGCCUGGGACUGACACGCCUGAGGGGAGGAAAGACUUUGAAGUCCUCCUGAGUAGUACAAAAAUCAAUAGCUCUGAGUCGUCUUUCCAUGCGGCGCAUGAGACCUUUGUCCGCUCUAUCUUGACUUCUUCGUCUGAUGCGUCGGGAUAUUAUAUUUUUGCCCCUGCCUGCGUCGGCUUCAAUCCAGAUGGUACAGGGUUACAGCCUACAGCAGGUUCCAAGGAGAGCUACAUCACCAUCGCCAGCUUUCUCCCACACCCACUUUCAAGAGGCUCAGUACAUGUUGUCACCGAUGCGAAGGAGGAAGAUGUCAAUACUGGCAGCAGCCAUUACUAUAGGCUGGCCAUUGACCCAGAAUUCUUCACCAACCCACUUGAUAUCGAGGUUAUGGCGCGCCACAUCCAAUUCAUCGGGCAACGCCUAACAGCCACUGAGCCACUCGCCAGCUACCUGAAGCUGGGUGGCAAGCGAUCCGAGAAGGCACCUGCCCCCGGCGAGCUGGCAAACCUCGAGACAGCCAAAGAGUUUCUCAAGAACAAGGCCGUGGGCGCACAUCACUACACUGGAACUUGCUCCAUGAUGCCGCGGAAUAUGGGCGGCGUCGUGGACCCGCAGCUGCGCCUGUACGGUACCAAAAACCUGCGCGUGUGCGACGCCAGUAUCAUCCCCUUGACACCUCGCGCCAAUCCACAGGCAACUGUCUACGGCGUCGCGGAGCACGGAGCUCGCUUGAUCAGGACCAGCCUUGCGGGCUAA